AUGGGCGAGCUCUCUGCUGAGGCCGUGACGAAGCUGCUUUGCACCCUCCCGGGGAUUGAGCAGGGUAUCAUUGCAGUGGUGCAAACGCUGGCGACCCUAGCGACCGAGUCUGCUGACCAAGAAGCGCGUAUGAAACGCAAAAUUGGCGAGCUGGCAGCGGAAGUGAAGGACUUGAAACAGGAAUUAGUUUCUCUGAAAAACUCCGCCAUUGCCAUGAUGAAGGCAAAGACGGCGAACAACAGCUCGCCUGCACCUACAGUUCAAGCUGACGUACAGCAGAAACGCAGCAGACAAGCAACAACAGGAGCAACAGCAGAAGACACAGGAAAAUCAGCACCAGGAAUCUACUCAAGUACACUUGAACAGAGAAACACAGCAGACCAGCAACAGCAGCAGAAGAAACGGCAGGAGGAGCACCAGAAGACACAGGAAAGUCAGCAUCAGGAAUCGACACCUGAAGAGCACCAGCAUUUGCAGACAGAACAGCAGAACCUGCAUACUGCAUCUAGUGACAGCCAAUGCCCUGCAUCCAGUGACAGCCAAUGCCCUGCGUCUAAUGACAGCCAAUGCCCUGCGUCCAGUGACAGCCAAUGCCCUGCGUCUAAUGACAGCCAAAGCCCUGCAUCUAGUGAUGUCCAGCAGGACAGUGGCCAGCACCAGCCCAAGCUUCAAGAUACGUCAACUACGUCUGCUCCAGCCAAAGCCACGCCACCUCGCCCUGGAAAGCGUCAUGCAGAAGAUUCCCCUGGAUCCAUGUCGGGAAUACCAUGCAAAAUGCAACCUUCAUCUAGCUCUCAAUGA